AUGUACCUGCAGAGAAACUUAUCCCUUGCUUUUAGUCGUUUGGGAGGAUGCAUUGGUCGACAUCCUCUAUGGUUCAUUUUCAUUCCUCUUAUUAUAACCGCACUAUCAUCAAUAGGAUUUGUAAGAAUUUCUAUGACAAGCGAUUUGCAAUAUCUUUUGACACCCAUAAAUGGAAGAUCUAAAAUUGAAAAAGAAGCUAUCCAAUCAAUCUUUCCCGAAUCUAAAGAUUUCCCAAGAUUAACCGAUUUUCCCAGAUGCGGCUUUGUAAUUUUAGUCGCUAAAGAUGGUGGAUCCAUGUUACGCGAAUCCAUUAUGGAUGAUGUGUUUGCGCUGGAUGAAAUGAUAAGGAAUAUCAGUUUACGGCACGAUAAUCGUACUAUAAAGUAUUCUGAUAUUUGUUUAAAGACAGAAGGUGGGAGAUGUUUUAGUAAUAAUGUUUUAUCACUUCGAGGAAACAUUGGGAAUAUGGCAAGAGGAACGUUUAAAGUCAAGUAUCCCAUAUACGUAGAUCCUCUGACCUCCUAUCUAACAAUUUACGCAUAUAACUUAGGUGGAGUAACUACGGACGAUGAUGGAUACGUAAAAGAAGUUAAAGCUAUAAGAUUACUUUAUACUUUAGAAAGCAACAAUGUGACAAAUUUCGACGUAGCAAUAAAAUGGGAAGAUACUUUCUUACAAGAAAUGGCAAAAACGGAUUUUAAAAACAUUUUAGUUUUUCGAUUUGUAAGAAAAUCGUGGGACGAAGAAACUAGUAAAAUUACAGAAUCUGCUUUACCUGUACUUGUAGUAGCUAUUAUAGUUAUGGUAGUUUUCGGUGCUGUAUCAUGCAUGACAACAGAUUGGAUUACAAGCAAACCACUAUCAAAUCUAGUGUUUUCCUUCGAAAAGUUGAACUGUAGCCAAGUUAUCGUUGUAUGUAUCAGUAUAAAAAUAACUAAUCGUUGUUUAUAA